AUGUCUCAACAGCAACAACAACAAGUAGUAGUACAUCCAGAUCUCUUAAAAGAACGAUCGAAAACAAGUUUUGAUGUACCAACUUUAAAUAGAUUUAUAAAUAACAAUGAUCCAACUGUUAUCGAUUUAAAGAAAAAAAUAAGAACAGAAUUUCUUGCUGAUCCAAUAUUAUCUGAUCAUCCAGAGUAUGUAAAUUUCCUAUCGAGAGAAGAUCAAUUUAAACGUGCCGUAGAGAUCAGUGAGAGAGUGAUAAAGAUCAAGAGAAAGUUGGGUAUUAUCGAUUCGACCGGUAUCGAAUUCUAUCGUGAACUCUACCAAGAGAUUCCACUGAUCUUGCAUGACGUCGUCUUUGUUGGAUGUAUGCGUUCGUUGGCCAGUGAAGAACAACUAGCGGAAUGGCUACCAAAGGCGUUGAACUACCAGAUUAUCGGUGCCUACGCACAGACCGAACUCGGUCACGGUUCCAAUGUUCAGGCGCUAGAGACAACCGCUCACUACUUGGCAGAAUCCGACGAGUUUGUUUUGAAUUCACCGACACUGACCUCCUCGAAAUGGUGGAUCGGUGCACUCGGUCGUAUCUGUACGCACGCCGUUGUAUUCGCGCAGCUACACCUCAAGGACAAAGAUGGAAAACUGGUGAAUCACGGUCCACAUCCAUUCUUGGUUCAGGUUCGUUCACAUGAGCAACACCAACCGAUGAGCGGCAUCACCGUUGGCGAUAUCGGACCGAAGCUCGGUUACUCCACCGUCGACAAUGGAUUCAUGAGAUUGGAUCACGUCAAGAUUCCAAGAAAGAACUUGUUUGCGCGAUACGCACAGGUCACCAAGGAAGGACGUUACGUUCCUCCACCUCAUCCACGUCUUGUCUAUGCCGGUAUGGUAGGUGUUCGUGUCUACUUGGUUGGCGAUUCUUUCUCUGCCAUUUGCCGUGCCGUUACUGUUGCCGCGCGUUACUCUGUGAUUCGUCGACAGUUUGGACCGUCGGGAAAAGAGGAAACUCAGGUGCUCGACUACCAGAAUCAACAGGCGCGAAUCGUUCCAUCGAUAGCUGCUGCCUACGCUUUCCUCUUUGUUGGACGUCGUCUCUCUGACAUGUUCUCCAACGUGAUGUACGCAGCGAAAUCCAGAAAAGAUACCACUGACCUGCCAGAGUUACACGCACUCUCCUCCGGAUUGAAAACGACCAUCACCUACAUCACCUCGAAAUGCAUUGAGGAUGCGAGAUUCUCGUGUGGAGGACACGGAUACAAUCAGGCAUCGGGAUUGGUUCGUCUCUACAACAACUAUCUUCACUUGGUGACAGCCGAGGGUGAGAACAAUAUCCUUCCACAACAGACUGCCAGAUUCCUGUUGAAGGAAUACAAGUCGGUGAUGGUCGAUGGCAAGACCAAACUCGGUGAAACUACACAGUAUUUAGUGGACGAACAAAACGCACCAAAUACCCUCACUGCUCUAUUGGCUGCCACUGGAAAACAAUGGAGUGAUCCAGCUAUUUUGGUGAGAGUAUUUGCUCAUCGUUCUGCAUUCUUGAUUGCCCGACUUGCCCGAUUGAUUCAAGAGGGAUUGGGAAGUGGUAGAACCAUGCAAGACGUUUGGAAUUCACUCAAUGUCGAUUGCAUCCGAGUGAGUGAAGCUCACUCACAACUGUACAUUUUGAAUUCAUUCGCUACACAGUUGUCGCUUGUCCCGUUGGAUGCACGUCCAGUACUCGUUCGUCUCUGUCAGUUGUACGCACUGAAUAACAUCGAGAGAAACAGCGGUGAAUUCCUCAUCGAUCAAUUCAUCAGCCAAGAUCAAAUUGAAGAGAUCUCCAAGUUUAUUCUCAACCUGUACGCUCAACUCCGUCCAGAUAUCAUCGGACUGGUCGAUACCUUUGAUGUUGCCGAUCACACUCUCGGUAGCUCCUUGGGUCGUUACGAUGGACAAGUCUAUCCAGCACUCUGGGAAUGGGCCAACAAACAUCCACUCAACACCUCUGACGUUGGACUUUCCCAAUUCUUUAAAAACAUUAAUAAUAACAAUAAUAAUUCUGUACCAACUUCAAAAUUGAAAUCGAAUCAUCAUUUUGCAUAA